AUGGCCUUCGCCAGUCUUCCGAGAACUUUAGCGGCGGAGCUUUUGGGUUUCAACUUCGCCAUGUUUGGGUUCAGCCCUUACGGCCCUUACUGGCGUCACAUUCGCAAGAUAGCGACGCUCGAGUUACUGUCGAACAGCCGAUUGGAGAAGCUCAAACACGUACGAGAAUCGGAAGCCAAGGAAUCAAUCAAUCGACUUUACGUGUUAGUAAUCAACGGUGGUUCGAAACCGGUGGUCGUGGAGAUGAAGAGAUGGUUCUGGAUUAUUAACAUAAACACGGUUUUGAAGAUUGUUAUCUGGAAGAGAUACUCGGAGGUUGAAAAUUCACAUGGGGAAGAGGAGAACGAGGAGCGUAGGAAAGCGGUGAGGGAUUUCUUCGGAUUGGGGGGGGGACGUUCACAGUGGCGGACUCGCUGCCGUUCUUGCGGUGGUUGGAUUUGGAAAUUCAGGCAAACCGGCGGCGAACAUGAUGACUUCAUGGAUAUAAUGUUGUCGUUUCUUGAAGAUGCCGGAAAACUCCCUUCUUACGACGCUGAUACAAUCAACAAAGCUACCUGUCAGCCACCAGUCUUGGCUCAUCACUUGGAGAAUGUUGUGGAGCCCGUUCACAUUGACUGUGCAGAAAAGGAAAGUGACAUAAAAUUCGAAGAUGAUCACAUGAGUUUGUUUCGACCUGAAAGGUUUCUUACGACGCAUAAGCAUAUCAAUGUCAGGGGACAAAACUUUGAGUUUAUUCCAUUCGGUAGCGGUCGAAAAGUUUGCCCUGGAAUAUCAUCUGCGCUUCAAAUUUUAAAUCUCAACCUUGCUGUUCUGCUGCAAUCGUUUGAAAUUACGACGCCGGAUGAUGAGCCGGUUGACAUCCGUGAGGGUGCCGGUUUGACAAAUCUCAAAGCUGCGCCACUUAAUGUUGUUUUCACACCUCGUCUUCCUCCUCAUCUCUAUGAAUAA